GACUGGCUGCUCUGGCUCAAGUCGUCCGACCUGGGCUUCGACGCCUGGCGCCUCGACUUCGCCCAGGGCUACUCCCCCGAGGUCGCCAAGGUCUACGUCGACGCCACGGCCCCGACCUUCGCCGUCGCCGAGGUAUGGAACAGCAUGGCGUACGACGGGGACAACAAGCCCGAGUACGACCAGGACCCGCACCGGCAGGCGCUGGUGGACUGGGUGGACAGGGUGGGCGGGGCGGCGUCGCCGGCCACCGUCUUCGACUUCACCACCAAGGGCAUCCUCAACGCCGCCGUCGAAGGCGAGCUGUGGCGGCUCAUCGACCCGCAGGGGAAGGCGCCGGGAGUCAUCGGCUGGUGGCCUGCCAAGGCCGUCACCUUUGUCGACAACCACGACACCGGCUCCACGCAGGCCAUGUGGCCGUUCCCCUCCGACAAGGUCAUGCAGGGCUACGCCUACAUCCUCACGCACCCCGGCAACCCGUGCAUUUUCUACGACCACUUCUUCGACUGGGGGUUUAAGGACGAAAUCGCCGCCCUGGUGGCGGUGCGCAAGCGCAAUGGCAUCACGCCGACGAGCGAGCUCACCAUCCUUGAGCACGACGGCGACUCCUAUGUGGCGGAGAUUGACGGCAAGGUCAUCGUAAAGAUCGGGUCCAGGUACGACGUCGGCCAUCUCAUCCCGGCGGGUUUUGAGGUUGCCGCCCACGGCAACGACUACGCCGUCUGGGAGAAAGCCGGCGCCGAACAAGUGACUCGAGCAUAAUAGAGUGCUCGAGAUACCGAUUUGAUUCUCAGUACAAUGUACACGGGACUGCAUUGAUAAAAUAAGUGGUUUCUCCUCUAAUAAGAGCAACUCCAAUAGUUAC